ACUGUCAUUGGUCCACAGGACGGCCCUCCCAGGAGCCAGUGGCUAGGAGCAGUGCUGGAGGAUCAAGGAAGCACAGAUGGACAGUGAGGCAGUCCGCUUCUGCACAGAUAACCAGUGUGUCUCCCUGCACCCCCAAGAGGUGGACUCUGUGGCAACGGCUUCUGCAGACCCCAAGAUACCGAGGCUCGUUCAGGCUACCCUGGCAUUUAUGGCUGUGACCUUGGUCUUCUCUCUUGUGACUCUCUUUGUAGUGGUUCAACAGCACACAAGACCUGUUCCGAAGCCUGUGCAAGUCGUAAUUCUGGGAGACAACAUUACUGGGCAUUUACCUUUUGAACCCAACAAUUAUCACCACUUUGGCAGGGAGACAGAAAUGCGAGAGCUUAUCCAGACAUUUAAAGGCCACAUGGAGAAUUCCAGCACCUGGGUAGUAGAGAUCCAGAUGUUGAAGUGCAGAGUGGACAAUGUCAAUUCGCAGCUCCAGGUGCUCGGUGAUCAUCUGGGAAACACCAGUGCUGACAUCCAGAUUGUAAAAGGAGUUCUAAAGGAUGCCACUACAUUGAGUUUGCAGACACAUAUGUUAAGGAGUUCCCUGGAGGGAACCAAUGCUGAGAUCCAGAGGCUCAAGGGAGACCUUGAAAAGGCAGAUGCUUUAACUUUCCAGACCCUGAAUUUCUUAAAAAGCAGUUUAGAAAACACCAGCAUUGAGCUCCACGUGCUAAGCAGAGGCUUAGAAAAUGCGAACUCUGAAAUUCAGAUGUUGAAUGCCAGUUUGGAAACGGCAAAUGCCCAGGCUCAGUUAGCCAACAGCAGUUUAAAGAACGCUAAUGCUGAGAUCCAUGUUUUGAGAGGCCAUCUAGAUAGUGUCAAUGACUUGAGGACCCAGAACCAGGUUUUAAGAAAUAGUUUGGAAGGAGCCAAUGCUGAGAUCCAGGGACUAAAGGAAAAUCUGCAGAACACAAAUGCUUCAAACUCCCAGACCCAGGCCUUUAUAAAAAGCAGUUUCGACAACACCAGUGCUGAGAUCCAGUUCUUGAGAGGUCAUUUGGAAAGGGCUGGUGAUGAAAUUCACGUGUUAAAAAGGGAUUUGGAAACGGUCACAGCCCAGACCCAAAAAGCGAAUGGCCGUCUGGACCAGACAGAUACUCAGAUUCAGGUAUUCAAGGCAGAGAUGGAAAAUGCCAAUACCUUAAAUGCCCAGAUUCAGGUCUUAAAUGGUCAUAUGAAAAAUGCCAGCAGAGAGAUACAGACCCUAAAACAAGGAAUGAAGAAUGCUUCAGCCUUAACUUCCCAGACCCAGAUGUUAGACAGCAAUCUGCAGAAGGCCAGUGCCGAGAUCCAGAGGUUAAGAGGGGUUCUAGAGAACACCAAAGCUCUAACCGUGGAAAUCCAGCAGGAGCAGAGUCGCCUGAAGACCCUCCAUGAGGUCGUUACUUCACAGGAACAGCUACAAAGAACCCAAAGUCAACUUCUCCAGAUGGUCCUGCAAGGCUGGAAGUUCAAUGGUGGAAGCUUAUAUUAUUUUUCUAGUGUCAAGAAGUCUUGGCAUGAGGCUGAGCAGUUCUGUGUGUCCCAGGGAGCCCAUCUGGCAUCUGUGGCCUCCAAGGAGGAGCAGGCAUUUCUGGUAGAGUUCACAAGUAAAGUGUACUACUGGAUCGGUCUCACUGACAGGGGCACAGAGGGCUCCUGGCGCUGGACAGAUGGGACACCAUUCAACGCCGCCCAGAACAAAGCGGCCACUAGGGGAUGAAGGACCCAUCUCAUAUCAGCUCCCUAGACCCAUCCCAUGUCAGCUCCCUAAGCCACAGCACCGGGAAGGGAUGCUUCCUUCAUCUAACAGAAUAAAGCCCUGUUGUCUCCAGGUUUUGGGAAAAGAAUCAGCCUGACAACUGGCGGCACAAGAAUGGGCAGACUGAAGACUGUGUCCAAAUUCAGCAGAAAUGGAAUGACAUGACCUGUGGCACCCCCUAUCAGUGGGUGUGCAAGAAGCCCAUGGGCCAGGGUGUGGCCUGAGGGCAGGCCAGAGCUGAGGGGCUGCUCCUGCCUGCCAAUACUGACCCUCCUCCUCCUCCUCCUCGAUGCCUUCGGAGCCUCUGAGCUCUACUUGUUUUCUGGGGCCUUCUGUUGGCCUUGUGGACUUCCUGCCUUGUUCUUUGAUUUAGCCCUUUCGAACAUGCUUACCUCGAGUGACCCAGUGACAUCAGUGGCUUCUCAAGGGAAGAGCCUUACUGUGCCCCUGUAGCCUCAGCACCCAGCACAGGCCUGUCAGACAGCAGGUCCUCAAUAAAUAUUCACUGAAUCAACAAAA